AUGGAUGAUGACGAGCCAUCGCGUUUAGUCCCGUCAACAGCUUUAGAGCCACUACCAGACGUUCUACUGACUGUUGCAGUACAUCCAAAUGACACUGAAGAUACUUCACUAGUUUCUACUUCAAUAUCUGAUACCAAAACAAAUCUAUGGAAAGAACGCGGUAGCAAGAAUCUAACGUACGAGGAACGUCGGUCUAUGCUUGAUUUUCUCAUGAAGAGACGUGUAGAAGGCACGUCAAAGCUCAUACGUCAUGCUGUAACCGAUGCUGCAAUGGAAUUCUCCGUUGAUCGACGGACUGUUUCAAGAUUAUGGAAACGAGCAGUCCAGAGUCUUGAAAAUGGCGAUCAUGUGUGUGAUGUUGCAUCACGUAAAGCUGGACGACGUGGUCGUCGGAAACGAGAUUGGUCAGCGGAAUUAGAACGUGUGAAAGAAAUACCAUUGGCUCAACGAGGUUCAAUACGAGCUCUCGCGACGGCAGUUGGGAUUCCCAAGACGACACUUUACGAAUUGCUGAAGGAGGAUGGACGUCCGACUAUUAACGCGAUCAAACCGUCACUUACAGAUAAGAAUCGACUUGAACGACUUCGAUAUUGUGUCGAGAAAGUACGACCCAAUGGUCUUUUUCAUGAUAUGCACAAUGUUGUGCAUAUUAAUAUGAAGUGGUUCUCACUUCCUAGAGACAAAAGGACUAAAGUUAUGGUCAUGGCAGCGGUUGCGAGACCACAAUGGAAUCCACACAAGAAGGGGUACUUUGACGGCAAGAUUGGUACGUGGCCGUUUUUGCGAGAAGAAUUGCAAACUAGUGACACAGGUAUCAAGUCUCUACAGCAGAGAUCAGAGCAGACAUUUGUUGCGUUAGAGACAGUGACAAAAGACGAUGUCCAGCGUAUGAUCACGGAACUGAUUGUCCCGGCCAUUCGGUCAAAAAUGCCAGUGCACCUCAUGCAUGGUCCUAUUUACAUUCAGCAAGAUAGCGCAAAGAUUCGGUGCUCUAGUGAUACGACGUUUGCUGAAGAAGGACGAAAAGAAGGCUGGAACAUCCAAAUGCAGCACCUCCCGCCGUAUUCUCCGGACUUUGCCGUGAUGGAUAGCGCACUAUUCAAGCCGGUCCAGGCUGCACUAAAAGCAUUGCCUCCUUCUUCUCUUGCAGAAUCUGUGUCUGGACUUACGGUACUGAUCUCUAGUGUGGAGCAAGGAUUUGCUUUGCUGACGAAAGAUCAAAUCAACGACGCGUUUUUGUCGUUACAAAAGGCUAUGGAAUGUACGAUGCGAGUCCAAGGCUCCAACACGUAUGAGCUUGGCCCCACUAGCAAGGAACAACUUCAACUUGAGGGCAGUCUACCUGUGAGCAUAUUGUGCGACCCUGAUGCAAUAUUUGCGUGUAGAGCUGUGCUUGAUGAUGCAACCGCGGAAAUAUUUGAAACUGCGUAA